AUGCGUGUCGUGAACCUUAUUUAUUCGUACUUGUUUAUGUUUGCGCUGCUCUACGUGAAGCAAGACCCAGACGAUCCUGUGGUGCGGAGGAAGAAAGUGUACAGCGAGACGUACUGCGGCAGCGAAGCGUACGCCCCGCCCGAAGUGCUGCAGGGCAUCCCCUACCAGCCCAAGAAGGCGGACAUGUGGAGCCUCGGCGUCGUGCUCUAUGUCAUGAUGACCGCUGCGCUGCCCUUCGAAGACGGAAACAUCGUGCGACAGGUUCGCCUCCAAAUGAACCGCGUGAUUCGUUUUCCCCGGUACUUGGACUCGACGCACGAGUACCGCAACCUGGUUCGCGUCUUGCUCGAGCCGGUGACAACGCUGCGAGCGACCAUGGGCAUGGUUGUCAAGCACCCUUGGCUCUUGCUCUAUCCGGAUCCGACGAACACGUAA